GUCUUCUAAAUGUACAUGGCCUCAGUAGCACUAACAGCAAUUUAUGUCCUGUCUCCACAGAUGCAGCAGCUCUUCUAUGAGAACUAUGAACCAAAUAAAAAGGGCUACAUACGAGAUCUUCAUAGCAGCAAGAUCCACCGAGCCAUCACCCUCCACCCCAACAAGAACCCUCCCUACCAGUAUCGCUUACACAGCUACAUGCUCAGCCGGAAGAUUGCAGACUUGCGCCACCGAACCAUUCAGCUCCACCGGGAGAUCGUUCAGAUGGGGCGCUAUGGAGCAGCUGAGCCAAGCCGAGAGGACCUGCAGCUUGGCAUGCCUCCUUCAUUUAUGCGUUUCCACCCACAUCAGCGAGAGGAAGUUCUGGAGUGGGAAUUCCUGACAGGGAGGUACCUGUUCUCAUCAUCUGACAGUCAACCACCCCGUCGUGGGAUGGACUCCUCUCAAAGGCAGGCCCUUGAUGACAUCAUCAUGCAGGUGAUGGAGAUGAUUAAUGCCAAUGCCAAGACACGGGGCCGAGUCAUUGAUUUCAAAGAAAUCCAGUAUGGCUACCGGAGGGUCAAUCCAUUACAUGGGGCAGAAUAUGUGCUGGAUCUGCUGCUGUUGUACAAGAAGCACAAAGGAAAGACCAUGACAGUCCCAGUGAGGAGGCAUGCCUACCUGCAGCAGACUUUCAGCCAAAUCCAGUUCAGAGAGGAGGAUGAGAUAGAUGCCAGAGGUCUGGCCAGUCACAUCAACAAGGAGUCAGAUUCUCUCUCAUUUCUGUCCAACUCCCUCAAGAUGCUGGUGCCCUUCAAGCUGACCACCUCUGGACAGGACCAGAGGGAACCAAAAGAUAAGAAAGUCAACAUCUUGGUCCCUCUGUCGGGGCGCUAUGACAUAUUUGUGCGCUUCAUGGCUAACUUUGAAAGAGUUUGUCUGAUCCCCAACCAGAAUGUCAAACUGCUGAUCCUGCUCUUCAGCACAGAAAACAACACGGAACGGGUCAGACAGGUGGAGUUGAUGAGGGAGUAUCACAUGAAGUAUCCCCGGGCUGAGAUCGAGAUCAAGCCUGUUGCUGGUUCUUUUUCCAGGGCUGUGGCUUUGGAAGUGGGUUCUUUGCACUUCUCUAAUGAUUCACUGCUCUUCUACUGUGACGUAGAUCUGCUCUUCUCCAGUGACUUCCUCAAGCGAUGUCGGACCAAUGCUGCACUGGGGGAGCAGAGCUACUUCCCCAUCAUCUUCAGCCAGUAUGAUCCCAAAGUAGUGUAUGCUGGGAAGGUCCCUAGCAACAACCACUACGUCUUCACCUCCAAGACAGGCCUGUGGAGGAACUACGGCUUUGGGAUUGUCUGCGUGUACAAAGGAGACCUGAUUCGAGCUGGAGGCUUUGAUACCUCCAUACAAGGGUGGGGAUUAGAGGAUGUGGACCUUUAUAAUAAGUUUGUCCAGUCAGGGAUUAAGUUGUUUAGAAGCACAGACACAGGGAUAGUGCAUGUCCACCACCCGGUCAUAUGCGACCCCAACCUCGAGGCAAAGCAGUAUAAGAUGUGCCUGGGCUCCAAAGCCUCGUCACAUGGCUCCACCCAGCAGCUGGCCGAACUCUGGCUAGAGAAGAACGACCUUAGCUUCAGGAGGCUGGCUAGCAGUAAUGGCUCAGUUAGGACAGUGUGAGAAAAACUGAGCUAUAGACUGUCAUAGACUGAACCCGGACAUGUUUUGUGCUCACUUCCUCCUCUUCGUGUUGUUUUCGCUACUUAAUUUAUUUUUUACUGAAAAGACUUUACAUGGAUAUUUUUUGAAAAUGUCUUUUUAAAAAGAAAAUACACAGAAAUGCCAUAAUAAAAAUAAUGAACAAGUCAUAGAUACAGUCUGGGCUCUCGUAUGGAAGUACAUGUUAUGAUUUGUGAUAAAAGAAAUAUUGACCAAUGUUCUUGUGUGAGCCUGAUUACAAUAGGGGUCCAAGGCUCCUUAUGCCUGUUAAAUGUUGAAAAAGGGGCCACAUAAGUUAUUGUGUACCUUAGUCACAGUCCUGCCGUCCUGGGGGGUAGACUGAUGUAAAUGUACUGUAAGACCAUCAGUGCUCAAAACAACAUUCAACUCCUGAUUGUGAGUGUUUACAAAAGACUGAUUCUGAGCAACACUUCAUGAAUGAAAACUCAAAUCACAGCAAUGUCAGUAAUCACUAAGGGCCAUUUCAUUGUAUUCCUUUGAUUUACAGUGGUUUCUUUUCCAUUUAAUUUUAUGAUUUUGGUAAUAUGAGUUAACACUGUUACUGUUUUUCUUCUUUAUAUUUUCUAUAUUAUUAAUUUCUGUGAACCCAACUGCUGGAUUUGAUAUCUGCAAUUCAUUAUUUGCUGUCUAAUUUAUUGAAUUUGCAGGCUGUUUUCUACUCUCUGACUGUUGAAAUAUGUAUAUUGGAAAGAUUGUAUAACCAUGUCAGUUGUGGGAUAGUGUUUUUUCAUGUUCCUCUUUCUUAAACUCAUUAACACCAAAGAGUUUUGCACAGUCUGCUUUAGGCAUCGUGGUGUGUGUGCGUGCGUGUGUAUGUGUGUGUGUGCGCGUGCGUGCAUUUGUGUGUGCGGCAGGCACAAACAUGAAACUGGCUGUAUAAUCCCUGAUGUUUUCCGUGACUGAAGAGGGAGCCAGUCUGGCCUUUUUGCAAGUCGGUUGUAAUUAGAGCAGUGCUCUGUUUGGCCAGUUGAAGUCACACAUUGCUUUCUUUUUAUAAAUCACUUCCUUUUAUGUUGAAAUAAAAAGUUUUGUGGCUCA